AUGCCGGCAACCUAUAGCUCGAUUUCGCUUAACAAAACCAACCUUUUUACAGAGAGAUACGAAAUAAUGGAUUCAUCUGAAGCUAAAAGGCAGAUUAACUUGAUCUUAUUCUGCCUGUCUUUUGUCAUCACCACUGUUACUUUAGUUGGUGGCAUUUUCUCUCUCCUGUCAUUGUCAAAGAUGCGCAGUAAAACCUCUCUGUCUCUUAUCGUGGCUUCGAUGUCUAUAGACGACCUUAUUAGCGUGAUACCGCUCUCUCUGUUCUUGUUCGUGCAGUGGGAGAGCAAUGAUGAGGCCAAGUCCAGUACACGGUGCACUUUGUCAGGACUUCUUUAUAUUUUUCAGGGAAUAUCAAGCAAUUUGAAAGCUUCCUUGAUUGUAGCCUACACAUUUUACAUUACCAAACGUUUUGGAGUAUUCCAGUCCGCCCGACGACCGUUGAGGGUGAUGUGGGCUAUAGCCGCGGUAUGGAUAAUCAGCUUGACCGUCAGCAUUCUGCCAGUGUGCGGCUGGGGGUCUUUUUCUCCAACAUCACUAGGCUGCUUUGCUGAGAGCACAAGUUCUUAUGUUUUGCUCCUUUUUGUUUUAUACUCGAUAUGUUUUUGUGGAUUGGUCGUGUUCUCGGUUCCUCUCGCAUAUCGCCUGCUAUGUGUAGGGGACCCUCAGAAGACUUUUUAUCCCAACUAUCUUGAAAUCGCCGGGGGACCUAACGCAGAUGGAUCUGCUCCGCUAUGUGAAAUCCAGUCUUUUUCAAGAGAUAGCCUAGAGAAAAGUUUUGGAACAUACAGCGAAAUAAAUUCGGAGCCUUCAGGCUUAAAUAACAAGGUUGAGAUAUACACUUGUUCGACGUCGGCUAUUCCUAACAGUCAGGAUGCUACCCAAAGUAAAAGGAACUCUCCUGUAUUUUUUGCACAGAAACGCUUCUCCCUGAUCGUGGCGAUGGUCCGCGUUGUUUUAUGGAUGCCUAUGAUGGUACAGAUCUUUGUGAGUCACACAGUCCACUUACGGAGCUCGUCCCUUGAGACCCUGUGUUUUUUCCUGACCUCACUCUCUGCUGCGGUCACACCGGUGUUCGUCCUGUCAGAACACUUCAUUCACUUCCCGUGCGGCUGCUUCAUAAAUUGCCGCCGCGAGCCCACAACUGCGAAAAAAAGAGGUUUUGAAUUCAAUCUGUCCUUCCAGCAAGGGUAUGGAUUUUAUAAAAUUGCUCACGCAAAGACGCCCACCAUCGAAAAACCUCCUUACCACAACCUGUUCAAUUGUGAAUCCACGGAGAACAAAGAUGGUGGUCAAGUUUCGAGCCUUAGCCAUAUCGAGUUCAGGACCAUGCAAGCGGACAGCUCACUACCCAGCGAGCUCGUCGGAGCCAUCACGUAUGAAAGGAGAACGGAUAAUCUCACACACAAUGCCGAAGAGCAGGGCGUCUUCUGCGGUGGCUCACCCCCAGGGUCGGCACGAGAGGAUCACAAUCUCGAUACUUCCUCUGUGUUCGAGGGCCCAGAGCGAAGAUUGUCCCACGAGGAGAGUCGGAAUAUCGAGCUCACCGACUGGGAGUGGUGUCGGAGUAAAUCUGAAAGGACGCCACGACAGAGGUCCAGUGGAGGCCUAGCCAUACCAUUGUGUGCAUUCCAGGGGACUGUAUCCCUCCAUGCCCCCACGGGGAAGACCCUGUCUCUUUCCACCUACGAGGUGAGCAGCGACGGCCUGAAGAUACUGCCCAACGGCAGGAAAGUGGAGGUGUACCGCUCCAAGUCCGUAGGCCAUGAGCCCAGGGUAGAGGAGCCAUCGAGCUCAGUGGGCGGUGAUACCAACGUGAAGAUUCACCUGGAGGUGCUGGAGAUCUGCGACAAUGAGGAGGCCAUGGACAGCGUCUCCAUCGUCUCCAACAUCAGCCAGUCGUCCACACACGCCCGCUCGCCCUCGCUGCGGUACUCCCGUCGGGAGAACCGUUUCGUAUCCUGCGAUCUGGCCGAGUCCGCCUCCUACUCGCUCCUCAUUCCCACCAGCAACCCCGACUCUGACAUCAACAUACACAUCCCAGACACCGUGGAGGCUCACCGCCAGAACAGCAAGCGGCAGCACCAGGAGAGGUCCGGCUACCAGGAGGAGAUCCAGCUGCUGAACGAGGCCUACAGAAAGCAGGAGGAAGAUCCGGCGAACUAACAAGGAAACAAUCAGCAGGUGAACUGUGGCCCACAGAGAGAGAAGACAAGAGACCAGGAGAGCUAAGGAUCAGAGAAAGAGAGAAAGAGAGAGAGAGAGAGACUUUGACUUCUGACAUCCUUUAUUGAACAUUUCACUUACAAACAAAUCCAUCCACUACACCUACAUGUUGAAAAAAAAAAUCCCACCCCCAGUACAUACAGACCCAUUGAAAAAGCCACCCCCCACUUCCACCAGAGCAGAUCAAGUAAAGCCAAGACAGAUGUUAACCGGCUAUACUCUGCAACCGCAUGAACAACAGUUUCCAUUGAGAUACAAAAGACACACCCCUCCCCCACACUUGCAUCCACCUUGGAUGAAAAGGUGUUGGUCACCAGGGCCCAUGUAUCACCCUCCACAGGGGAAACUGGCAGCUCAUCGCCUCGUGGUUCAUUAAAAACCUCCAGUGCGGCGCCCGGUGGUGAGCCUAGCACCUCGUCCCCUCAUCUCACCAGGAGUGUCAGAGAUGUCAUCCCCGUCUCCUCGGUCAGCUGCUCGGGUCCCCAGGCUGUCUUAGCUUGCCCACGGUCACAGUUCCCGCCUUCACAAAAUGGCUCCUCGUGAGCUCUGAACGGAUGCAGCCCGGCUGUAUCAGCCAGGCCGUCAGUACUUCGCCAUAAAAAGGAGGCAGCCCUGAGGGGUGAGGCCCUCUUGGAGUGUUAAAAUUCUGACAGGCCAGCCCCGAACCACCAGCUCUCCAUAACAAAGCUUGUGCCGUGUGCCCAUGCCGUUUGUCUGGUACAGCAGUCUCUUCACAGCCAGCAAUCUGAAGGCUGCCACCCUGUUCUCCAAGUCCACCAACCCCUGACCCCCACAUUGUACAGGGAGAUACAUUACCGCAGCCUUGAGCCAGUGGUGCCCUGACCACCACUGGCUCAAGUCCACCAGCUGUCUCUGAAUCUCCCACAGAAGGCCAGCAGGUGGCUUAAGAACAGCCAGUGUCUGCCACGGAGCUGAUGCUAUCAGGCCAUUUAUUAUCAGGGUCCACCCCCUGUAAGAAACUCCAGAAAGGAGCCAUGUUCAUUUUGCCAGUUUGGCUGUGGUUGCCGGCACCGCUUCCUCCCAGUUUACACCUCCUCUUACUCAAGUUCACAUUGGCUGAGGAGGCCCUCUCACACUCCUGCAGACUGGUCUCCAAAGCCUUGAUAUCCCCACCAUUCCUUACCAAUACUGAGACAUCGUCUGUGUAGGCCAAGAAACUACCGGGGUCUUAAACCGCAUCUACGGCCCCACUAUGCCUCUACACUUUGUAUUGAGGCUAGCAAUGGCUCAAAGGCCAUUGUGUACAGGGCCCUGACAAGGGACAGCCCUGCUGAAUGCCCCGGCGUACAACACCUUCACUCCCGCAAUAAACCCCCCUCUCCCAACCCGAAGGCCCUUAAAGUUUUACAGGUAGCCGUGGUCCACCUUAUCAAAGGCCUUUUCCUGAUCUGUGCCAAAGCUCAGAGAGAGAGCGUGAGGAACCAUUUCCGCUCAUUUAAUGUUGUGGAGCUGUGACGGUAGAAGUAACUCCUGGUGUUUUCCUGGUUCAGACAUGGGAGUGUGAUGCUAUUUAGACAAACUAGGUAAUAGUAAUUUACAAAAGUCUUCAACCAUGGACAUGGUAACACAGGCACAGGAUGCUGAUUUUGCUUCACAUGCAUUCCAGAAAUAUGAUUUACAUGAUUAAAAAUAUAUGUUGGUGGGGGCAAAGAUGAAUGUUCUUUAUGUUCUUUAUAAACAAAUUAUGUACCCUUUGUUUAUGUCUCUUGACAGCAUUUGUUUGCCCCAGGUCAGUGUUACAUUUAAUACAUGCAUAACUUAGCAUCGAAAUUUCAAUACUCAAUACUGUUAAAUAUUCAUGAAAUAGCUUUCAAGACAACAUUCUGUUCCUUUUAAAGAUAAUAUCUAAACAUUUUCUUCCAGCACACACAUACACACACACUCUCACAGACACCUUACACACACACACACACACACACACACACACAUACAGGCACACACACAGUUGCGAGACUGACAAGGAAUUUAGCUAUGGCCAUUCUCUGCAUCAACGUUUCUUGUAAUAAGAACCUGUUCAUUCAGUUUUUCCAGGAAAUCAGGAAAUACAUGCCUUAAUAUGGUAUAAUGAUGUGAUGAAGUAAUGAAGCCUAUAAUAAAAGCCUUUGGCUGUUCCUGACUGAAAAGACAUGGCUUAGUAGAUUAGUUCAGGGAUGCUAAUACAAUGCAUAAAGAUGUAGUAUGUUUUCA